AUGAUUCUAACAACCAUUACGCCCUCGAUAGUUCAAGAACAGGUGCCAGUAUCUGCAAGCCUUACACUGUCUCCUCAUAGAUCCCCAGCAAAGCUUCCCGAUGCUAUUCCUUCCGGUUUAGACAUAUUACUGGCCAAAAAUAAUCCCACCUUACAAAUUCUAGAAACUGUCCUUCCUACUCACAACUCCAACUACAAGAAACCAGACCCAGUUCAAAGUCCACAUUCCGUUUUGCCAGCUGCUGCAGUUGAGAGAUUAAACGUCUUGAUUUAUCUAGACAUUGCACCUGCACCUGCACCUGCACCAACACAUGUCAUUUCAAAGAGACACUCUAAUGAUAUAUAUCUUAUAUUGUAA